GGGGUGUCGGUUGGGUCCAAUCCUUGCCUCUGAUUGGUUCUUAUUUGAGGAAGCUGACGGCUUGGCUCCACUAAUAAGCGCCUCCCAGCCUUCUAAGGGCCAUUAUAAUGCAAGAGACCUCCUUUUUUAAGCACAAAGCGAAUUUUCCUUCAUUUACAACAUCUAUGCCCCUUAAAUUGCCCCCGAAGUUAGUAGGAGCGUUUUUCCCGGACCUCUUUUCGCCCUGGAGCGCUACGCGAUGCUCUCCCACGCCGACCUCCUGGAUGCUCGGCUCGGUGAGUUCUCGGCUCUCAACCCGGGAGCUAAACUCCACUGGAUGAAAGAUGCUGCAGAGUUACUCGGACAUCGAGAGGCUCUCAAGUGUCGGCUCGGCGGCGGGGUGCCGGACCAGGGCCAUCCGGGAGACAUGGCCCCGGGUUCGGACUCCGUGGAGGGAGCAACUCUCUUACCCGGCGAAGACAUCACCACCGUGGGAUCCAACUCGGCCGGUAUGCCGGUGAACGGGAAAGAGCCGGAGAAGCAACAACAGCAGCAACAGCAACAGCAGCAGCAGCCCCAGCAGAGCUCGGGCGGGCAGGCCAGUCAGCAGAAACAGAAACGGCACCGAACCCGCUUCACGCCGGCGCAGCUCAACGAACUGGAGCGCAGCUUCGCCAAGACCCACUACCCGGACAUCUUCAUGAGAGAGGAACUGGCCCUGAGGAUCGGCCUGACCGAGUCCAGAGUCCAGGUGUGGUUCCAGAACCGGCGCGCCAAGUGGAAGAAGAGGAAGAAGACCACCAACGUGUUCCGCGCCCCGGGCACGCUGCUGCCCACGCCGGGCCUGCCGCAGUUUUCAGCGGCCGCCAUGGAGAACAGCCUGUGCUCCUUCCACGCCAACGACUCGCGCUGGGCCACGGGCAUGCCGGGCGUGUCGCAGCUCCAGCUGCCGCCGGCGCUCGGCCGCCAGCCGCCGGGCAUGGCGCAGUCGCUGUCGCAGUGCAGUCUCGGCCACGGGCCGCCGCCCAACUCCAUGGGGCUGUCCAACGGCCUCUCGUCCAACGGCUCCGGCCUGCAGUCGCACCUCUACCAGUCGCCUUUCCCCAGCAUGUCGGCGUCGCUCUCCGGCCCCACGAACGUAUCGGGCUCCCCGCAGCUGUGUAGCUCCCCGGACAGUGACAUGUGGAGAGGGACCAGCAUCGCGUCCCUCCGGCGCAAGGCACUCGAGCACACAGUGUCCAUGAGCUUCACUUAGUGACUUGUACAAAGGCCAAAACACGCAGACCCCCCCCCCCCCCC